GAGAAAAAGGAGGAGGAGGAGGAGGAGGAGGGGGCUGUGGAGAGACGUAAAACUGUCACUCGGUCCAUCCCCUCCGCUCGCCGACUUUGUGUGUCUUUGCGUAUCGAGGAGCGGUUCAGCCGGCCGGGCUGCGCUCGCCCCCUCCCCCGCCUCCUCCAUCCCUCCCUGUCCGGCUCCGGCGGCUCCGGCGGCGGCUUCCUCCCUGCACAACCCGCUCGGACCCCCCCGGGGCGCAGGGGUUCCGGCUGCCGGGGCCGGCUGCGGGGGCGGGGAGGAGGGGGAGGCUGCGCGGAGCCGCCGCCGCUCCUCUCCGCGCCGCUCCGUUCGCACACCCGGCACGGGAUGCUCUCGGGACAGAGUUUGCCAUGGCAGCUCCCGCUGCUGCUCGCAGCCCUCUCCUGCCUGCCGGCUCCCAGCUGCGCCCAACUCCACUACUCCGUGCCCGAGGAUCGCGAGCCGGGCUUCUCUGUGGGCGACCUGGCCAAGGACUUGGGGGUGGAGGUGCGGAGCCUGGCCGCCCGCAACCUGCGCCUGGUGAGCGAGGGUGGGCAGCGGCACUUCAAGGUGGACCUGGCGGCAGGUGUGCUGCUCCUGGACAGCAGGCUGGACCGGGAGGCGCUGUGUGGGCAGAGCCCCACGUGCUCUCUGCACCUCCAACUCGUCAUGGAGAAUCCCCUCCAGCUCCACCGUGUUGAGGUGGAUGUCCUCGAUGUGAACGACAACGCGCCCCAGUUCCCCAAGCCUGAGGUGGUGUUGGAGAUCACUGAGGUAGCCAACCCUGGGACUCGGCUGCCCUUGGAGGUAGCGGAAGACCCGGAUAUGGGCUCCAACUCCAUCUCCACCUACGAGCUCAGCCCCAGCAAGCAUUUUGCCCUGAGCAUCAAUGUGAGAGGAGAUGGUGUUAAAAUGCCUGAGAUCGUACUUGAAAAAGCACUGGAUAGAGAGAAAGUGCCUGUUCAUCAUCUAACACUGACAGCUCUGGAUGGAGGGAAUCCUGUGAAAUCUGGCACUGCCAGGGUUACUAUCCAUGUCUUGGAUGCAAAUGACAACCCUCCUGUGUGUGACCCACCCAUAUCCAAGGUACUUCUGGAGGAGAACGUGCCAGUGGGCACUCUGGUCACCAAGCUGAAUGUCACCGACCUGGAUGAAGGUCCCAACGGGGACGUGGAAUAUUCUUUCAAAACCAGCAAUAAUGCACCAGGUAAAUUCACCAAACUGUUCUCCUUAGAUGCCCGUACAGGGGAGAUCAGAACCAAAGCCCCGCUGGAUUAUGAGGAAUCCAGUGCUUACGAGAUUGCGGUUCGAGCCAGGGACAAGGGAUCACCAGCCAUGGAAGGCCACUGUCACCUGCGAGUGGAAUUAAUCGAUAUCAACGAUAACAGCCCAGAGAUUGUGCUGACCUCUGUCUCCAGCCCAGUGCAGGAGGACGCAGCCCCAGGCACGGUGAUCGCCCUCAUUGGUGUUAAGGACAGUGAUUCCGGUGACAACGGGCAGGUCCGUCUGCAGAUAGCAAAAGAGCUCCCGUUUAAACUCGUGUCUUCUUUUAAAGAGCAUUUCUCGCUGGUCACCAGCGGGCCCCUUGAUCGGGAAAAGGCCAGUGGAUACAACAUCACAGUGAGGGCUGUGGAUUCAGGGUCCCCCCAAAGGGCCACGCAAAAAACCUUUUAUCUCCGCAUUGCUGAUGUGAAUGAUAAUGCACCGAAUUUCUCCAGCCCUUUUGAUACAGCUCACGUUCAGGAAAACUCCCUCCCUGGAACUUCUGUCUUUUCAGUGUCGGCAUCAGAUCCUGACGAGGGUAGCAAUGCCAAGCUGUCUUACUCCAUCCUGGACAACGGGAUGCAGGAUGUACCUAUCUCAACCUACUUCCGAAUAGAUCAGGACAAUGGCACCAUCUACACCGUGCGAGCUCUGGAUUACGAGCAGGACAAGGUGUUCCAGGUGCCUGUGGAGGUGAAGGAUGCUGGGUCUCCUGCUCUGAGUAGCACUGCUGUGGUCCAUGUGUUUGUCCUGGACGAGAAUGACAAUGCUCCCAGCAUUGUCUACCCAUCUGUCCCCAAGGGCUCUGCCUUCCACCAAGCCAUCCCGGCCUUGGCAGAGCCUGGCUAUCUGGUAACUAAAAUUGUAGCAGUUGAUGCUGACAGUGGCCAUAAUGCCUGGCUGUCCUACCAGCUGCAGGAGUCUGCUGAGGCUUUGCCUUUCCAAGUGGAACGCCGCACUGGAGAGAUAAGGGUUGCGCAGGCUCUCAGGGAGUCAGAAGAUUCCCACAGGCUGGUGGUCGAAGUGAGGGACAACGGCACGCCGUCCCUCUCGGCCUCCGUGGUAAUAGUCAUUUCUCCGGAGGAAAACAGCGUGCAGGACUUCUCCAAGUCCUUGGACCUCCCCCAGUCUUCUCCCGAGGAUACCAACCUAACGCUUUACCUCAUCAUCUCCUUGGUGUCCAUCUCCCUCGUGUCCUGUGUGAUGUUUGGGCUGGCGGCUGCCCGGUGUCUCAAAGCUGGCAGUGCCAGCUGGACCUUGGCGGGUUGCUGCCGAGGGACUGGCCGCAAGCCUGCCUCCCAUUUCCGAGGGCAGAUGAAGCCAGAUGGCUUCAUCAAGUACCUGGACGUGGGAGGAGCGGGCUUGACCUCCCAGGCACAGAAUUACACCUCUUGUUUCUCGCCUAUGUCUGACCAGAGCGAUUUCCUCUUUGUAAAGCCCUUCAGCCAUUCUAGCACUGCGGAGACCGUGGCUGCCUAUGAGCAGGUGACCAGCACCUUAGCGAGUCCCUGCGAUGGGCAAGCUCAGCCUAACACAGAUUGGCGCUUCUCUCAGACCCAGAGACCUGGAACAAGUGGCUCCCAGAAUGGAGAAGAAGCUGGAGCCUGGCCCAACAACCAGUUUGACACGGAGAUGCUCCAAGCCAUGAUCCUGGCUUCAGCCAAUGAAGCUGCUGACGGUAACUCCACCCUGGGAGGCGGCAAUGGCACGAUGGGGCUGAGCGCUCGCUACGGCCCCCAGUUCACCCUGCAGCACGUCCCCGAUUACCGGCAGAACGUCUACAUCCCGGGCAGCAACGCCACCCUCACCAACGCCGCCGGCAAGCGCGACGCCAAGAACGCCGCUCCCGCCGGAGGCAACAAGAAAAAAUCCGGGAAGAAGGAGAAGAAGUAGUGAAGAAGAAAAAAGGAGACCUUAGAGCUACAGGGCAGCCGGCUCCAGCACUCCCCCAAAACCACAGCCCAGGCCGGAGGACGAAUGUGAAUUUUUUUUGUGGUGCAAAAGUAGGAAAUGCUGCGAAUGUAUCUCGUCAUCAUCAGAGCCGAGAGCAGGGGCUCGCUGCUCUCGGGUCUCAUGAUGAAAACCGAUCCAGAAUCUAAACCGAACGCAAACAAGUGCCCUGUGAAUAACAUUUUAUACAAUCCCUCGGGUAUUAGGAUAUGCAAGGGAGGAAGGUCUUUUGCCAUGUCUUUGGAUCUGAUUUUCUCCCAGGUAGUCCGAGAAAGGCACAAGGCUUGUGCUCGGCUUUGCCCAGUGUAAAUAAUUUUAAUGUGGAUCUUUUAAUUUAUAGCCCUUCAGCUAUUUUUUGGAAAGGAAAAGGAAGUUCUUAGCUCAGAGCCCACGCUCCAGUUCUUUGCUCUUAAAUUUUCCAUUCGUACAAUUCACCCUUUUACAGUCAAAGAUAGAGAUGGAUUUUGGAAUUUGGAAGUUGGUAGGGAGUGCUUCAGUUCCUGCUUACCUGUCAUCUGGGGAAAAAAAAAAAGUGUUUAUAUUGCAUGAUUCAAAGGGAGUAUGGCAAAGCUGCAUCCUAAACAUUUUUUUUUGUUUUGUUUUUCUUUUUGUUUUUUUUAAAAGUGUAACCACUAAUGGCCUGAAAUUUGAUAAGGAAAAAGCCCUCCUGCUGUGUGAGAGGCAGGGAAUUCCACGAGGAGCACGCCGAGGCGUGCGGCAGCUGCCCCGGCGGUUCUAGGGGUCUCCGAAGAGCAGACACAUCUCGAACCUUCUUUGCAGUAAAUAUUUAUAUGUACAGUCGAUGUUCUUAUGGGAUUAAGGCUAAGAGAGCCUCGCUCCCCUGUGGCCAGGCCUGGCCAGGUCCCCCCCAGCCCAGGGGGACACGGGGACGACGUUUCACUGUCUGCACACGGUGUCUGCAUGCACGUCCCUCACCUCACACCUGCACUAGCGCAGUAGCUCCACGGACCCGCAGAAGUCCUCGCAUGCCCACGUGGUGUGAACGCGCCGGCAGCCCGAGCCUCGAGCCGGGCCUGCCCUGGGGAAGGGGUGGGAGGGGGUGGGAUGGCUCAGGCGGGGUGGGGGAAACUCAUUAUUGCUUCUAGUUGGGGCCCCAAAGGUGGUUUGGGGUGGUCGGGGGGUUCUACGAGGCGGUUCUUGGGGAUCUGCGGGGCUGCCGGUGCAUGGCUUUGGCGCAGAGUUGGUGACUGAGUAAGUGAUGGUUGUUUUGGUGGCGUUUGGGGACCAGGUCCAGAUGAGGGACCCAAGAGCAGGGGGUGAUGCUGCAAAAUGGGGGGCGAUAAUCGGGGGAGUGUCAUGUGGGACCACGCGGGGCCCGCUGGCUCUGGGCUUUUUACCCUGAGAGGAGAAUUGAAGGAUGAGGAGUAGAGUUUCUCCAUGUGCCCAUCACUAAAGCACCAGGCCAGCUUCCCAUAGCAGAGCAGCUCUGAGCCCCCGGGGAAGGCAGGUGAGGGCUUUGUGUAGCCAGAGCCAGGAGAGGAGCUGUGGGGUGGCCAGGAAAGGGGCCACACCGAGUUUCCCAGGGGAGUGUGUAUCUUGUUUUUUUCCUUUUUUAAUCACUAACACUUAACUCACCCGACCAGAUCCAGCUCUUUCAGCCAGGCUCUCCCCAGCCCUGCCCCCUCCCCAAACCCAGGGCAGCAGGAGCAUCCUCCGUGUUUCAUCCGGAUCCAGCCACCUCCGGCGCUGGCUGCACUGGGAGCGGUUCCCACCCUGUCCCCUGCAGCUGCCACCUGCCCCCCCUCUAGAAACGCUGUAGCUGAAUCGUAGUCUUUAUAUUUUCUUUUUAAUCUGCAAUCUGAGGUAGCCUAGUGAGUGUCGUGUAUUUAGUGGCGUGUUAUUUUUAAUCGCGGUGACUAACUUGUGGACAUCAGUAUUUUCAAUUUUCUCCGUAUCUUCUUUCCAUGUGGUCUGUGCUCCGAGUGUACGUGAAAUGAAACACGUUUGCCCUUUCAAUGUGUCUAAUAUUGAAUUAUACUUAUAUAUUAUAUAUAUGCUUAUAUCCUUCUUAUACCCAUAUAGACCAAUGUCGAUGUGUUACACGCAAGUUUUAUACUCUAAUAUUUAUAUUGCUUUUUUCUUUGGGAAAAAAAAAUAAUAAAAUGGUUUCUUCUGAA